GUUGAACUUUGUUUUUUUUUCUCUUCUUAACCUCAAAAAAAGAAAACGCAAAAUCAGAGAGCGAAAAUUAGAAUUGUCAUCGACCCAAUAUUAGUCUUUUCGUAUUUCACGAACCACUGCGAAAAUUUGAAGCCGCGCAAUUUUAGUAUAUAGCGAGAGUACGGUAGAAAAUGUUAGAGAUAACAUGUAACGACCGUCUCGGUAAGAAGGUUAGAGUCAAAUGCAACCCGGACGACACCAUAGGAGAUCUGAAAAAAUUGAUAGCCGCCCAGACGGGGACGCACUGGGAGAAGAUUGUAUUGAAAAAGUGGUACACCAUUUUCAAAGAUCACAUAAAGCUGCAAGAUUAUGAAAUACACGAUGGCAUGAAUUUAGAACUCUACUAUCAAUAAUUCUAAUAAAUGUAAAAUAUAUAUCAUACAUGCAUUAAAAAAAGCAGUUUUAAUA